AUGGGGGACUCGGGAUCCAGACGAGCGACUCUUGUGUCUCGGUUGCCGAUAUUCAGGAGAAGCGUUAGCCGGAGACACGACUCCCUGCCUUCCUCGCCUUCUUCUGCCAAUGCCAUUGGUGUCCACACCUCCUCUCCAUCCAGCACUAACUCCAGCUCAGGGAGCACAGGAAAGCGCCGGAGUAUUUUCCGCACUCCUUCCAUUAGCUUCCAUAACAAGAAAGGCAGUGAGCAGAAGCCUGACUCAGCGAGUCAGAAUGUUAACAUCUCAAAUGGUGCCCAGUCCUCUCUGAGCACUUUUCAAAAACUCAGCUUAGACGAGCACAUAAAAAGCAGAGGAAGGCAUUCAGUUGGCUUUGGCAGCUCCCGUAACAAGAAGAUAACAAGGUCUUUGACAGACGAUUUUGAAAAGGGAAAGGAGCCCUCUGCUAAUAAGAAUGUCUUUAUCAAUUGCAUAAGCUCUGGGAAGAAUGAGGGUGACGAUUCAGGCUUUGCAGAAGAGCGAAGCCGAUAUUCCGUCAAACAGUCCACACGAAAACUUCUUACUAAAUCUUUUUCAUCACACUACAAAUUUUCCAAACCAGUUCCAGAGAGUCAGUCGGUUUCCUCCGUGCAGCAGCCCAGGUGCUUUCUGGAAGUUAAAUCCUACGUGGAGAGCGAACCUGUGAUGGCCAAGUCGUCUCCUCCGUGCUCGGCUGAGACGACGGAGUGCAUGGGCAGCUCCCUGCAGUCCCCGCUGCUCUCGGCUGACCUCACGGCUGCCCAGACCCCCUCGGACUUUGUUGCUCUGACCGAGGACUCUGUUUCAGAGGCUGAUGCCCUGCCCAGCAGUGUGCCUGGGGCACUGCUUGCAGAGGAUUUUGGCCACGAUGUCUCUACCUCUCAGAUCUUCUUUAAUCCUGCUGCUGCUCCUGCGAGGGAGAUGGAUACUGUACAAAGCACUGGUCGUUCUGCUGGUGUAUCUCCUGUGAGUCAUGCAAGCUCGUGCAGCGUGGAAUCCAGUACCUUAUUCAAAACCUCAGUUCCUAAUCAAACAAAAGUGCUGUUGCAAGCCAAUGGACUACAUAUAAAUGAUGCCAGGCACAUAGAAAAAAUUAACUCAGAAAAUGCACAUCUAGAAACCUUGACGUUACAGCAUAGUGAAGAACCAGUGACACUCUCUCCAAAGGCAUGGGCCUUAAGUGAGAGCAGAGAUGAAAGCACUCCAUCCAAGCACAUAAGAGACGCAAUUCCUGUAGUGGAGUCGAAGACUGUUCCAUGUUCUGAACCUCAGUCCCUUAAAACCCAACAGGGUUAUGAAUCAAACCAUCCUAAAGUUGAUCUUGCCAGUAGCCUCAGUCCGUACCGGGAAGGCAGAUUUGUUGAGAAACGGCUGAGGUCCUCUUCAGAAGGUACAGCUGGGGGCAGCCGGCUGAUCAUAAAACCAAGGGAUGGAAAUGCAGAAGAGCUUAACAGCCUAAGGAAGCAGAGAGCAAGCUCAUCCUCUUCCAAAAUGAACAGCAUGGAUGUUUUGAAUAACUUGGGUUCCUGUGAGUUGGAUGAAGAUGACCUAAUGCUUGACUUGGAGUUCCUGGAAGAACAACAUCACCAUCAUUCUGUGUGCCGGGAAGACUCAUACCAGUCAAUAGUGUCAUGUGCUGCUGUAGUACUUACCCCUGUGGAGACGACAGUGGAUACAAGGAAAAAAGAGCAGAUGAUAAUGCCUGAUGUGUCCAAACAGAAUCUAUCCCUGAAGCUGUCGAAGGAAGUGGAGCAAGGAGAAGCCAGGUACCCUCGUGUCAGCCAGCUGGCUGGCAGCCCAUCUGUGGAGUGGCCUUUCACUGGUCUGGAAGAAGGUGGAGGCAUUGAGUCUCUGCCCUUCAGAUUGAUGCUCCAAGACUGCACGGCUGUGAAGACAUUGCUUCUGAAAAUGAAGAGGGUUCUUCAAGAGAGUACAGACAUGAGUCCAGCCAGUAGCACAACCUCCCUCCCUGUUAGCCCCCUUCCUGAGGAGCCAUUGUUUUUCAAGGAUGGAAUAAAAGAUGAAUGCUCACUGCUGAAGCUGCAGCUGAAGGAGAGAGAUGAACUCAUAGCUCAGCUUCGUGAGGAGCUGGAAAAGGCUCAGUGCUUUCAGAAGGUUCUUGCUUCCCAAGCAGAUAAAUCCACACAGACAGAACUCGUAGGACAUGAUGUAAUAAACCUGAAAUUAUUGGAGGUAGUACAAGGAAACAUGCAAACUACAUAUCCAGUCAGAAUGGUGAGCCAAAAUCUCAGCACAAGGGACAGAAAGUCAGCACAUACUCCCACCGAGGACCCUUUUAGACACACACCAGGCAACCAAGCAGCAGCGUACGAAAGCAAGAGCUGUCAGCUGUCUAAUUUGUGUCUGAGCAGCCUCCUGAAGGAGAAGGAGAUCGUGGAAGUCAUCAAGCACACGCGAGGCACGUACGAAAGCCUGGCUUCAGAGGUGACGCAGAACGGUUUGGCCCCCAGCACAGCAAAGCCGGCACCCACGGCUGACGGCUUCCCCAUGUUCUCAGGAGCUCCGAAGGACCAAAGCGCUGUGCCUCGGCAGCACACCACCUUCACAGGGAGACUGGGACAGCCCCCAAGGGGACCCAUCUCUUUACACAUGUACAGCAGGAAAAACGUUUUCCUCCACCACAAUUUACACACGGCAGAGCUGCAGACUUUAGGUCAACAGGAUGGCUAA